AUGAGUGUCGUGGAAGCCGCGAAAAAGAAGAUGGAAUUGACCAUCGCGACCGAUUUAGCUCCUGCUCUCCAGCAGAUUGCCGCGGACCAGAAAGCCAUUCGCGAGAAGCAGGAAGCCAUGAGCGAGAAGCAGGAAGCCAUUCGCGAGAAGCAGGAAGCCAUGAGCGAGAAGCAGGAAGCCAUGAGCGAGAAGCAGGAAGCCAUGAGCGAGAAGCAGGAUGCCAUCGCUAAUGACAGCCAGAUGGCAGUGCGUGUGAUGCUGACUCCCAAACUGGGUACUACGCAUGUUCGUGACUCUUCCUUCAGACAGCUGGUCUAUCAGCACCAAGCUGAUUACGUGGCCAAGAACGGGUGCAUCGUUCUAAGCCAGAAAUUUCCGGAAACAGCCAAGAGCAUGGGGUUUGGCCCGACGAUCGCAGACCACAUUCUCCCGCCCAACGAGACUGCAAUGUUCCAUGAGCUGAAAAUGGUCCGAGAUGACCCACAAAAUGGCCUGCCAUUGCUGGAUCACAUCGAAAAGCUGUAUGGCAGGGGCUUAAUCUCGUUUAUGCCGGUAUCCAGCCAAGGACCGCGCAUGCAGCUGCAGAUGCUGGUUGCGCAAAGCAUACAAGAUGAGUACCUGCAGUGUGACGUGCGCAGCAAGCCUCCUUCAUGGGUUCAAGUGCAUCACUUGGAAGCGAUACCGUGGCAGACGUAUCCGUCUUGUGUGAUGCUCGGCGCUUUGCAUGGCUUUUGUUUCUAUGUCAAUAAAAUCUUCUUGCGCAGCCUUUUCUUAAGGGCAAAUGCUGUGCACAAGAUCAGCCCAGACUUGCCAGACCCAAGUGCCACUCCGGAGAAGUUUGAAGAGUGCCCUUCUCUGAAGGCGAAACUAGGCGCAUUCUUUGCCAGCCAGGAGGAAGGUGCGCAAAGCAUCGACCCCCCAGACCCCGAGCGAGACUCAUCGAAUGCGAGUUGA